GUGGAUUUUGAUUAAUUAACACGUUAAACAAGUUUUCACUAAACCAAGUUAAUAAAAAGUUCCAUUAACAACACUUCCCUUCUUCCCCGCAUUGUGUGUCACGUUCCCCACCUCUCCAUUAUCUCCUCCUCUCUUUCUUUUUUUUCUUCUUUCAGAAAAAGACAAGACAAAUGCCUGUUUCUUCAGAGCCUUCGUCUUCUUCAACAACAAUCGGUCAGCACAUCAGACUCCUACCAUUUCCCUCCACCGAAGAGCCUCUAAUUCCAAAACCUAGCCGCAUCUCUAAACCCGCCAUGUCCUCCUUCUUCCUCUUACCAUCAUCAUCUUCCAACGAUACCACAAAGAAAACAACAUCAUCGUUUCGCGGGCUUGGCUGCACUUCCUCUGCGUCUCAACAAGUCUCCGUCCCGGCGGUGAUUCGCUCCUCCGCGGAUUGGAAUCCAAGUAAGACCAAAAGCAAGAACAAGAACAAGGGUACUAGUCGCUACAGUGGCGGUUCUGUUAAGAUUUUGAGCGAGGCAGGAGAUGGAGGAAACGCUUGCGAUGUUUGGUGCGGUCCCGGUGUUGGUUUCUCGACGGAUGCGGUGGUCGGCGGCACGGUUAACUCCGUGGAAACGAAUCCUCCGAGAAGGAAUAUUCCGACGAGACGCAAAAUCGACGGUGAUAAUAAGAACAUUGGUCACAGCUCUAAUCAGACAGAGGGUUCCUCUGUUCCUCCCAGGCGAUCUCAUAAUCAAGAAGCCAAUCCUUACGUUGACUCUGAUUUGCCAUCGCGUGGUGAACGGACGCAGACCCUUUUCUCUCAUAGACAUCAUCGUCAUAUACGACUACCUUACCCUAAUGGACUCUCCGAGAUGAUGUUGCUACAAAAUAAUCUUGUAAUGGGAGGGACACUUAGCUCUUACGAUCAGUUCCGUGACUUGAGGCUCAACGUCGAUGGCAUGACAUACGAGCAACUAUUGGAGCUUGGUGAUAGAAUUGGGUAUGUGAACACUGGACUAAAUGAAAAACAGAUCAAAACAUGUCUCCGCAAAGUCAAACCCUUCAACAAAGCUACACCACUAGAUGAUAGAAAGUGCAGUAUUUGUCAAGAAGAGUAUGAGGCAAAGGACGAGGUAGGGAAAUUACGAUGUGGGCACAAAUACCAUGUCCACUGUGUGAAACAAUGGCUGUUGAGGAAGAACUCUUGUCCUGUCUGUAAAACGAUGCCAUGUGUUUCAAAGUCUUAGAUAGAUACAUCUCUUCUUUCGAUGAUAUGAUUCUUUAUUUCGAGAUGAACCAUUUACUUUAUUUUUGUGUUAGCUUCUUUAUUUUUUUUCUGGAUUUAAUUAAUGAUUUUGAUAUUUUUUUUAUUUCUGGAAACAAAAACUGGUUGAUCAAACAUAUUGUAAUAAACAUCAACGUUGGUG